CAGACAGCAGAGCAGAGCCUAUACCUGAGAAGCUGCCCUCCAGAUCAGAUAACCUACCGCGCUCCAGGAGGCCCUCUCCUCCUGAAAGGACUUUAGUCUUUGGAGCUGCCAGCUGAGCUGAGUGAGACAAGAGCUGAGCAGGGCAGGGCGGGCUGGGAAGGAAAGGAGGGAACAUAGGCAAGGGCUGCCUGCUGCCCACUCAAGACCCACAUCAUGGAGCCCAGGGGGUGCCAUUUGCGGAAGAGAGAUGGGCCGAAAGGGGAGCAGGAGGAGCGACCCUCUGGAGACGGAAAUGCUGAGACGCACAGAGCCCCAGACUUGGUGCAAUGGUCCCAACAUAUGGAGGCUGUGAAGACACAGUUGCUGGAGCAAGCGCAGGGACAGCUGACGGAGCUGCUGGAUCGGGUGAUGUGGGAGGCUGUGCAAUCCUAUCCCCAACAAGGCAGGCCUCUGCCCUCCAUUCCCCUAGAUUCCUUGAGCAGGACCCGGGAGCCACCCCUGGGGAAACAGAAAGUUUUCGUCAUCCGCAAGUCCCUGCUUGAUGAGCUGAUGGAGGUGCAGCACUUCCGCACCAUCUACCACAUGUUCGUCGCCGGCCUGUGUGUCUUCAUCAUCAGCACGCUGGCCAUCGACUUCAUUGAUGAGGGCAGGCUGGUGCUGGAGUUUGACCUACUGAUCUUCAGCUUCGGACAGCUGCCCCUGGCGCUGGUGACGUGGAUCCCCAUGUUCCUGUCCACGGUGCUGGUGCCCUACCAGGCCCUGCGUCUGUGGGCGAGGCCGGGGCCCGGGGGCGUCGCCUGGGCGUUGCGGGCGGGCCUGGGCUGCUCGCUGCUGGCCGCCCACGCAGCGGUGCUCUGCGUCCUGCCUGUCCACGUGGCGGUAGCGCACCAGCUCCCGCCGGCCUCGCGCUGCGUCCUGGUCUUUGAGCAGGUCAGGCUCCUGAUGAAGAGCUACUCCUUCCUGAGAGAGGCUGUGCCCGGGACCCUUCGUGCCAGAGGAGGUGAGGGGACCCGGGACCCCAGUUUCUCCAGCUACCUCUACUUCCUGUUCUGCCCCACACUCAUCUACAGGGAGACUUACCCCAGGACAUCCAACAUCAGGUGGAAUUAUGUGGCCAAGAACUUCGCCCAGGCCCUGGGCUGUGUGCUCUACGCCUGCUUCAUCCUGGGUCGCCUCUGUGUUCCUGUCUUUGCCAACAUGAGCCGAGAGCCCUUCAGCACCCGUGCCCUGGUGCUCUCUAUCCUGCAUGCCACAUUGCCAGGCAUCUUCAUGCUGCUACUCAUCUUCUUUGCCUUCCUCCAUUGCUGGCUCAACGCCUUUGCGGAGAUGCUACGAUUUGGAGACCGAAUGUUUUACCGGGACUGGUGGAACUCAACAUCCUUCCCCAACUUCUACCGCACUUGGAACGUGGUGGUCCAUGACUGGCUGUACAGCUACGUGUAUCAGGACGGACUGUGGCUCCUUGGCGGCCGGGCCCGAGGGGCAGCCAUGCUGGGCGUGUUCCUGGUCUCUGCAGUGGUCCAUGAGUACAUCUUCUGCUUUGUCCUGGGGUUCUUCUACCCCGUCAUGCUGAUGCUCUUCCUUGUCGUUGGAGGGCUGCUGAACUUCACAAUGCAUGACCAGCACACGGGCCCAGCGUGGAACGUGCUGAUGUGGACCUUCCUCUUUCUGGGCCAGGGCAUCCAGGUCAGCCUGUACUGCCAGGAGUGGUAUGCACGGCGACACUGCCCCUUGCCCCAGAUAACCUUCUGGGGGCUGGUGACACCUCGCUCUUGGUCCUGCCAUACCUAGAGGUCAGGGCACCCUCACUGAACAGAUGACACCAUCAAGUUCUUCUCUGCCUGCAAAGCCUGGACCAUGGCUCCUCUCUGCAUUUCCAAACAUGGUUCUCAGUCGAUGGGGCCUGCGUGCCGGACCCAGCCAGGGAAUUGCAGGGACUGAGGUCAUUGGACCUGUAGAUAGCUGAGCACAGACUCAGCAUGGGGGUGACUCGAGCCCUAUCCUCAUGGAUUGGGCACACGAUCCCCUCCCACCCCAUAACUGUCCAGACUUGGGGAGACUUGAGGGACCUUCUAGGUUUGGUGGAUGUGGGGGGACUCAGGAGAUCUGGAGCCACCAGGUUGAGAAGGGUUUUGUUCUUGACUUUGUACUUCUUCCAAUAUAGCAAUAAACUCUUUGUCUCCCUUUUUUCAU